AUGAGGUCUGAGCAGCCGGUGGGGAGCACGGAAUCCCCCGGCCCCGCCGGCUCGCGUGGGGUGCUCGGACUCAGUCCCGGUGGCUUCCAGAAAGAACAGGACGCCCUAAGUGUCGCGCCAGUCGGAGGACUGCCUGGGGGCUUAGUUAGAAACGUGGAAUUAGGAGCUUCAAAGGAAGAAGUCAAGAUCCGAAUAAAAGGAGGAGCCUUGACUGGUGAUGGCAUCAAGCCAUUAGAGAUGCUUUUCUUCCUCUGGGUUCAGAAUUUGGAAGGCGAUCCCUUGUCCAAGUUCAGAGCCUUCGUGGGUGUUUGCUGCUUGUGGAGGAGAGUCCCACGGACUGGCUGGGUGUACAGAAAUGUCAAGGGGCCAGAGAGUGUGUCCGAUCACAUGUACCGGAUGGCAGUUAUGGCAAUGGUGACCAAAGAUGACCAUCUCAACAAAGACCGAUGCGUACGCCUAGCCCUGGUUCACGAUAUGGCAGAGUGCAUCGUUGGAGACAUAGCACCAGCAGAUAACAUUCCCAAAGAAGAGAAACAUAGACGAGAAGAGGAAGCUAUGAAGCAGAUAACCCAGCUUCUGCCAGAGGACCUCAGAAAGGAACUCUAUGAACUGUGGGAAGAGUACGAGACCCAAUCUACCGCAGAAGCCAGAUUUGUGAAGCAGCUGGACCAGUGUGAGAUGAUUCUUCAGGCAUCUGAAUACGAAGACCUUGAGAACAAACCCGGGAGACUGCAAGACUUCUACGAUUCCACGGCAGGAAAAUUCAGUCACCCUGAGAUAGUCCAGCUUGUAUCUGAACUUGAGGCUGAAAGAAAUGCCAACAUAGCUGCAGCCGCCUGUGAGCCGCAUUCCUGAGACCACUGUCUACACUGCUGCACUCCUGUAACAAAUAUUUUAUUUUUCCAGUUUAUGGCAUCGUGUUUUGCCAUUGUUGAUCUGUUGAUUUUCCCAGAUGUGGCUCUGUUUAUCUUGAGUUGUCUGGACUUCAGCAAGAAAUGUGGUGUAAUUUAGGCACUAAAAGAAGCCACGGAACAGGAAGUGGUCAUGAACGUGUCAUGGAUGAAGACUGGCACAGAAAGUGCCUUUCUAUGAACUAACUAACUAAAUAAAUAUUAAACUAAAGCUUUGGGAUACUUAUUGGAGAUUUUAAAUCCCCUUAUUCUGACUUAACAACCCACAUCUCUGAAGGCCAGAUCUAUUGAACAGUAGAAAAUUUAAUUGCAGUUGCCUAUAAGAACAGAUUCCUCAGCUGACUUAGUGAUAAGACUCGAGAAAAGAAAGGGUAUCAGUUGUGUUUUCUCUCCACAAAGGAAAUGCUGCCACAUUCAGAUGAUCACUCUCUUGAGCUGGAUUUUGAAUUUGACCGUGGCUGCUUCAGGAUCUCGAUUUGUCACCCUACUAGUAGGUUCUGCCCCUCUCCAAUCCUUUCUGUCAUUUAGGGAUGUAAGUUGGAGCAUACGAUUAAAUGCCAUUUGUCUUCC